AUAUUACUCUUCGCGGUUUAGAGCUGAAGAGGAAAUGACAGUAAUUUGACUCCCUGUCGCAGGCAGAGGCGCGCGCGUACUAAUCGGAUACUUGCACGGGGUAUUCAUUGUAUUACUGAUUGUUGAAAUGGUAGAGGUUCCAUCUUUGGUAUCUCUGUGCUUGGACGUCCUCAAGAAAGAGAUCAUCCAAGGGGAUGGUGUUCUACCACCUGUCUAUUUACUCCCUUCUGAGUUGUUGCACGCCCUAAUUAUGUGUUUGCCUCCCUUCGGAUUGUGGAAGUUGCAGAAUGAAAUGCCACUUGAUGGUCAACAAUCGGAGGGGUAUUCUAUCGAUCACUCAACAAACAAGAGAAAACGUGGAAGGGAUGGGAAUAUAGAUAAUGCUUGGCAGGUGUUCUUUAAGUUACGAUGGCCUGAUCUUGCUGAGCAGACCCAACCAACUGACUGGCAGCAAGCAUAUUGGGAGACACACUUGCAAAACUGUCUCGAUGAAGCAGCAGAAAUGGCACUAGUCCCAUCUUUUAAAGGAUAUAUUGGUGACGUACUGAUCCCUGAGAUCAUAUUGAAACAUGUCGGUAUUUUGGGACAUCCUGAUCAUUCAACUUUUGACCAUGCAAAACUUUCAUACCAUUGUCAACAAUUUGGCCACUAUGCAAGAUAUCUGAGGCUUCAAAAUGUUUUAUGUACUGCAGAAACUAGUAAUUUGUUGAGAGAAUGCAAGCUGCAACAAGUCACACUAAGGUGCAUCAGAUCCAAAGAUCAAAUUGAUGGAUUAUGCAAACUUCUCACUCGACAUAGUAAAACAUUAUCAUCGCUGGAAUUUGUUCACUGCUCACUCUCCUCAGAUUCUGUUAAUGCAAUAUGUGGUGCUCUAGCUUUGAAUGGUGUCCAAAGACAUGGGUUACAGCACUUCUCCAUCAAUUCAUCAAGCUUUCGGGAAUCAGGAACAAUUUCAUUGCCUAGUGGACUUGUGUCUUUUCUGUCUUCAGCAAGGUCAUUAUGCUCAUUAAAAUUCUCUGACAACAACCUUGGCCGGAAUUUUGCAAGAGCUCUUUUUCUUACUCUUCUUAAUCUUUCUUCUAGCAUAUCCAUCCUUGACCUUUCUGAUAAUAAUAUUGCAGGAUGGCUCUCUGACUUUAAACGGAGGCCUUUGAGUGACUCCUAUCCAUCUUUUGGAACUGGGAAGUCCUUGCAACUGCUGCGCGUACUCAAUCUCAGGGGAAAUAAUUUACGGAAAGAUGAUAUUGAAAGUCUUAGAUGUGCUCUCACUCAAAUGCCGAACUUGGAGGAUCUGGAUUUAAGUGACAAUCCCAUUGAGGAUGAAGGAGUCAUGAGUUUGAUUCCCUUUUUCGACAAAGCAUAUGAAUCACGCUCUUCCUUGGCUGAUUUGAAAUUGGAGAACUGUGAGCUGUCCUGUGACGGUGUGAGUCAUCUUCUUCCUGCCAUUUCUACCUUUGAAGGACGAUUGAAGUCACUUUCUGUUGCUGACAAUUUCCUAGGAAGGUUCGUUUGCAGUGAAGUAGCGGGGGCUUUAGCAAAAUAUAUCAGCACAUGUGUUAAAGCACUUAAUGUUGGAGGCAUUGGAUUGGGUCCAUCUGGUUUUCAAAAGCUUCGAGACCUAAUGAAGGGAGAGCUUGAGCUUGUGAAAAUUAAUAUAAGCAAAAACCGUGGUGGGAUUGAAACCGCUAUGUUUUUAACAAAGCUCUUGUCACACGCUCCUCAACUAACCAAAGUGAAUGCUGCAAUGAAUCUUAUGCCAACAGAAUGCUUGACCAUCAUUUGCGCUGCAUUGAGACUUGCAAGAGGUAAUCUUGAACAUUUGGACCUUUCGGGACAUAUUUGGAAGUAUGAGCCGGAUCAUGCUUCACUUCAUGCUGAGUUUGUACGUAAUGGAAAGCAUAUCUUGAUUCUUCCAUCAUCGUCAGCGUUAGUUGCACCCUAUGACGAUGAUCCCUAGACAACAGAUCUCACAUGCUCUGAAUUCAGGUUACAAGGCAUGUUCUUCUUCUACUUCCUGGAUCACAAUGCAUGUUGACACUAUUUCUUGUAUAUUGCCUGCAAAAUAUACGACAAAGUUUGAAGCAAUUUUAUUAUGUGGAUUUCAAUCUUGAGCAGAUCUGUUGUCUUUUGUUUUGACUAAAUGAGAUCGCUUUUUCUCCGUAGUGUAUCAUAUUUUCA